AUGAGUUCUUUAAUACAUGCAAUAAGAGAUUUCAUUUCUGUAGAGUCUCUAGACUCAAGGGUUUUACCUAAAGCUGCUUUACAUAAAAGACUGGUAUCAAGCAGUAGCAGUUCUAGUUCAUCUCUAAAGAGUUACAAAAAAGGUAGAAACAAUGAAGAUAUUGGUGAAUUAAACCAUACAGGGAAUUUGAACGUAACUGGUACCAAGCCAUUGUGGAAUACUUUAGAAUUCAAAUUCUAUUAUAUAAUGUUUCUAAUAGUAGUACCUUGGAUGAUCCUAACUACUAUGUCUGCCAGUAAUGAAACAAAUCAAAAUUAUUAUCGUUUCGAAAGAUUGUUAUCUCAAGGUUGGUUGUUUGGAAGAAAAGUAGACAACAGUGAUGCUCAAUAUAGAUUUUUCAGAGACAACUUAGUCUUGUUAAGUGCAUUGGGGAUAGCUCAUGUUACCAUUAAGAGAUCUGUUAUAACAUUCACUAAUUUAAGCAAAUUAACCUUUGAUUUAAUAUUCGGGUUGAUAUUUAUAUUUGCAGCUCAUGGUGUUAAUUCAAUUAGAAUAUUUCUUCAUAUGUUUAUCUUAUUUGGAAUUUCUCAUAUCUUUAGAGGUCAAAAACAAUUUGCAACGAUAUUGUUAUGGAUUUAUGGUGUUGGCUCAAUAUUUAUUAACGCUAAAUAUAGAACUUAUCCAUUUAGUAACUUCCUAGGUAUUUUAUCACCUUUAGAUACUGGCUAUAAAGGUAUUAUUGAAAGAUGGGAUGUUUUUUUCAAUUUUACUCUAUUGAGACUUUUAAGUUAUAAUUUAGACUACUUAGAAAGGUGGGAUAACAUCUUAAAAGAUAAAGGUGGGAUAUUAUCCAAUGAAAUUGAAUCCAAGGAAAUGCUGGAAAGCAAAGUUGAUUAUUUAACAGAAAGAUCUAGAUUAGUAGCACCUUUGAAUAUUCAAACUUAUAACGUCUACAAUUAUGUAGCUUACUCCAUAUACACUCCAUUAUUCAUCGCAGGCCCAAUAAUUACUUUCAAUGAUUACAUUUAUCAAACUUUACAAACUUUACCUUCAAUUAAUAGAAAAAGAAUCGUCUCAUAUGCAAUUAAAUUAGUAAUUGCUAUUUUAACCAUGGAAUUUAUCUUACAUUUUGCAUAUGUGGUCGCAGUGUCAAAGACUAAAGCUUGGGAAGGUAACACUCCAUUCCAAAAUUCCAUGAUCGGGUUAGUUAAUUUAAAUAUAAUUUGGUUAAAAUUAAUGAUUCCAUGGAGAUUAUUCAGAUUAUGGGCUAUGUGUGAUCAAAUCGAUACCCCAGAAAAUAUGAUACGUUGUGUGGAUAAUAAUUAUAGUGCUCUAGCCUUCUGGAGAGCUUGGCAUAGAAGUUACAAUAAAUGGGUGAUUCGUUACAUUUAUAUCCCAUUAGGUGGCUCUAAAAAUAGAAUUUUAUCAUCUUUAGCUGUUUUCACAUUUGUUGCUAUAUGGCAUGAUGUUGAAUUAAAAUUACUGCUUUGGGGUUGGUUAAUUGUCUUAUUUUUAUUACCAGAAAUGUUUGCAACGCAAUAUUUCGCCAAAUAUAGAAGUAAACCAUGGUAUAGACAUUUCUGUGCUUUAGGUGCUGUGUUAAAUAUUUGGUUGAUGAUGAUAGCUAAUUUGUUUGGAUUCUGUUUAGGUGCGGAUGGCACUGCUAAACUUCUACGUGAUAUGUUUAGUUCCUUAUCUGGUUUCGUUUUUUUCAUUGCUUCGACAGGAUGUUUGUUUAUUGCAGUACAAAUUAUGUUUGAACAAAGAGAAGAAGAAAAGAGAAGAGGUAUCAAUUUAAAGUGCUGA